CAAUGGACAGCGAGGAGCAGAUAGGACUCAUCAACCAAAUCCUGUAUCCACGCCCAGAAAACGCGUCGGCGCUCCUGGAGCGGCUCGGGAUUGCAAACCUACCUUCAAGAGACGCAGUUCUUCGAGAGAUUGAAAACAAAUUUUUACUACCUCAGGACGAACUUCCUUCACAUUGGUUGCCAAAAUAUCAGGUGUAGGAUAAAUCGAUUGAGGUUUCCUGUGAUGAUAGACCGAUUAUUGACUCUAUAUUUCCUUAUUUUGUAGUCACUGGGAAAGAGAUGUCGACGUACCAUCACUCUUACCCACAGCCCCGUCCGCACCUCCAACCACUUUGUCUUUUAUUCGCGCUGGACUUGAAGGACGCGUCGUGGGAUACAGCGAGGCCCCUACGCCAUCGAUGUCGUCUGGCCGGACCUCAACGUCUAUGGAACGUGCACCAGGUCCGAGUACCAACUUCGUUCGAGGAAAGUCAGGCUACGUUCCUUUCUGGCCCGGCGGAUUGGACGACAUAGUUUCCGAUCCGGCCAUUGCUCUAAACUCUGCCAUUGGUGGAAAGAACGGAUUACGCACCAUCCCUCCAGGGUUCUCCCGAGGACUCCGCUUGCCUGGCGACGACGUCGAGGAUGAUGUACUUAUCCACGAGCUCGAUGAGAUGCGAGGAUCCGGAGAAAAUGCGCCACUCGACCAAACGCAAGACCGCGGCCGACACAUUGUUCUCGAUGAUGAGCCGGUAUUCUUACCAGCAGGCAAUGAGACAGAAAUAGACGAUCUACUACCAACGACGAGGUCGCAUCUUAUCACCGUCAAGUCAGGCAAACGGGGCUCAUCGAAGAACCAGAAACGCGAUUGGGCACAUGUUAUCGAUGUGAAAACUCCUUUGACGAAUUUCCAUGAGCUAGUGCCCAACAUGGCCCGCAAGUACCCCUUUGAGCUAGACACCUUCCAGAAGCAUGCUGUCUAUCACCUUGAGAAAGGUGAUUCAGUCUUCGUGGCUGCCCACACAUCUGCUGGUAAAACUGUCGUGGCUGAGUAUGCAAUCGCACUCGCCGAGAAGCACAUGACACGCGCGAUAUACACGUCCCCGAUCAAGGCUCUCUCCAAUCAAAAGUUUCGUGAUUUCAAACAGACGUUCUCAUCCACAUCUGUUGGUAUCUUGACGGGAGAUGUCCAAAUAAAUCCUGAGGCUAGCUGUCUCAUCAUGACCACGGAAAUUCUACGAAGUAUGUUAUACAAAGGUGCCGAUUUGAUUCGGGACGUGGAGUUCGUGAUUUUUGAUGAGGUCCACUAUGUAAAUGACGCCGAGAGAGGUGUUGUUUGGGAGGAGGUUAUUAUUAUGCUUCCUGAUCAUGUCAACAUCAUUCUUUUAUCAGCCACAGUUCCCAAUUCCAAAGAGUUUGCUGAAUGGGUUGGGCGAACCAAGAAAAAAAAUAUACACGUUAUUUCGACUGCCCAACGCCCCGUCCCUCUCGAGCAUUACCUUUAUGCAGGGCGAGACUUAUUCAAAAUUGUUGAUGCCAAUAGAAAAUUUCUCAGUCAAGGAUAUAAGGACGCUGUUGAAUCCUUACGGCGGAAACAGGACAAAGAAAGGGAAGCAGCAGGUAUACCCCCCGUUCAACGUGUUGGCGCAAGAGGUGCGGCACCGCGUGGUGGUCGAGCAGGCGUUCCUGCACGGGGUGGACGAGGUGGUAGUGCGGGGUCGUCAUCCAGAACGAUGCAUACCGGUGCUGACAAGAAUCUGUAUGUUCAUCUGGUUGCGCUGUUAAAGAAGAAGAAUUUAUUACCCGUGGUGGUGUUCACGCUGUCGAAGAAACGUUGCGAGGAAAAUGCUUCUACUUUGACAAAUCAGGAUCUAUGUACUGCAGUUGAGAAGAGCGAAGUGCACGUUGCCAUCGAGAAAGCAUUGUCUCGUCUCAAAGGUUCCGAUAGGAAACUCCCCCAAAUUGCUCGUAUGCGAGAUCUGUUGAGUCGGGGUAUUGGUGUACAUCAUGGUGGUCUGUUACCCAUUGUUAAAGAGCUCGUGGAGAUUCUAUUUGCUCGAGGACUCGUAAAAAUACUAUUCGCUACUGAGACCUUCGCGAUGGGGGUCAAUAUGCCAGCGAAAUGCGUGGUAUUUUCUGGGAUACGAAAACACGAUGGGCGUAGUUUUCGAGAUAUCCUACCAGGGGAAUAUACCCAAAUGGCUGGUCGCGCCGGUCGCCGUGGUUUGGAUCCGACAGGAACUGUGAUCAUUGUUACGACCGAUUCUCUUCCUGAACAAGGGACACUAAACACCAUGAUACUGGGAACCCCGGGAAAGUUGUCCUCGCAAUUCAGGCUAACGUACAACAUGAUUCUCAACCUUCUUCGAGUAGAGGCUCUUAAAGUUGAGGAGAUGAUCAAGCGAAGCUUCUCGGAGAACGCCUCGCAGCAACUCUUACCUGAACAACAAAGAAAGAUUAUUCAGGGCGAGAAAGACCUGUUGGCGAUGAAGAAAUUGGAGUGCGACGUCUGCAACCCCGACAUUGAGCAAUUCUACGAUUUAAACGCAGAGAUAGCAGAACUCAACUCGAAGCUUUUGGAAAUGUCUUCAACCCAUCCUCACGGUGUCAAAUCCUAUCAGAGUGGCAGAGUUGUCAUCUUACGAGAUGAGCAUUUUGAUACCAAUGCAUUGGCGGUAUUGCUGAAACCUGGACUUCCCGAGACCGGCACGUCGAAGAAAGUCAAGACGUACUUAGUACUGGGUGUCGUUGACGAAGGCAAGAAGUUUAGCCGUAAUAAGGACAAGGAUCCCCGAGCCAUUCCGCCUCGUUGGCCUCCAGAACUCAGGUUGCUCAAUGUUGAGAAACCCACCUACGAGCUACGAACCGUCCCGCUUUCUAGUAUCGCAAUGGUCACCGAUCAGGUAAUUCAGGUGGAUAUGAACGCAGUUGUGGAAAGGCGCCGUAUCUCCUCGUUGAAUCAAACCGUGUCGCGCUUGCUAGAUGUACUUUCUGAUUGGAAAAGUAUUGGCUUCAUACCGGAAGUCGCAUGGGGGAAAAUGCGCAUGCUAGAGUUCCAAGAAACUCUGAUCGGCAGAGAUUCUCUAGUGGGUCGACUGGAAGGGAAGGUUUGUGUUUUGUGUGAACAUUUCAACGAACAUUAUGCUGCCACUCAUGCGGAGAAAGUUCUCCGUGAAAAUAUUGCAAACCUAAAGUUGGUUAUUUCGGAUCAGAACCUGGAGCUUAUACCAGAUUACGAACAACGUAUUGAGGUCCUUAAAGAGCUCAAAUUCAUUGACGAAAAUUCUACGGUUCUUUUGAAAGGUCGUGUAGCUUGCGAGAUUAAUUCAGCCAACGAGUUGAUAUUGACUGAGUUAAUUUUGGAAAAUGCCCUCGCUAUUUAUGAGCCGGAAGAGGUUGUUGCCCUCUUGUCGUGUUUUGUCUUCCAGGAGAAGACGGAUGUUGAACCAGUCAUCCCUCCCAAGCUAGAACAAGGCCGAGACGCCAUCAAUGCCAUCAGCCAGAAGGUUGGUCGUCUUCAAGACAAGAAUAAAGUAGCGGCGGAGGAGUCACGAUCGAAGCUGAAUUUUGGACUUGCUGAAGUGGUUUACGAAUGGGCAAAGGGAAUGCCGUUUGAACAAAUCACUGCACUGACCGACGUUCCAGAGGGUACCAUUGUCAGAGUCAUAACACGUCUGGAUGAAACCUGUCGCGAAGUCAGAGAUGCAGCCCGGGUGAUAGGUGACGCAGAGCUGUUUAAGAAGAUGGAAGAAUCGCAGAUCAAAAUCAAGAGAGAUAGUGAGCGAUUUCGUUUUUUCCCCUUCGGCUCCGUAACGUUCACUCACCUUACCAGUCGUCUUUGCUGCAAGUCUGUAUUUUUGACUCAAAAUGUAUUCUGUAUUCCAUUUCCAUUCAAGGAGUAG